UUACCCUAUCUCACGGCUGUUAUUCUUGAAUCCAUGCGUUUGAACCCCGCCGCAUCUGGUCUUUUCCCGCGCAGCGUGCCUACUGAGGGUGCUAUGCUCUGCGGCCAGUAUCAGAUUCCGUCAACAACAGAAAUAUGCCUUUCCUUUGCUGCCAGCCACCGAGACCCUACGGUAUGGCCCAAUCCCAAUGUUUUUGAUCCCGAGCGAUUCAUGGGCGCCAAAGGGAGAGCAAGAUCAAGGGACCUACUAGCCUUCAGCACUGGAGUGCGCGUGUGUAUUGGCCGGCAUUUGGCAUGGAUUGAGCUAUACACGGUUUUGGCCAACUUGCUGCGCAAGUACAACUUUGAAUUGCCCAUUGAUUCUCCUUAUGGCCCCCACAGAAUAAAAGAUGGCAUACCUGAGGAUAUUCCCGGACUUGUUUUUACCACUUGCGGCCCAAAGGAUCCACUGAUAAACUGUCGCAUGCAUGUGUCACACGCCAUAUUUUAA